AUGGCCGAAGGAAGCCCUGGGUAUCCCGAGGCUGAAGCCAAGGCCAAAGUGAAGAAGCCGAGGCCUUUGCCCCCGCCGCCUCCUCCCUCCCUCGCCACGGCCUCCCUUCUGGUGCGGGGCGCCGCUGCACGCGUCCUGGGCCUGCAGCCUGGGGCCUGCGGUGGUGAGCUUCAGCCGAUUUGGGUCUCAGAGCCCGGAUGUUCCAAGCUGACCAUGAGCUUGGAUGGAUCUGCCCGAUCACCUUUCCCCAAAGACGAGCUGCACGGCCCUCUGCUCGAUGCGCUCGAGGCGGAGGCCAACCGCUUGGCUGCAGAAGGCGGUGCCAUCGCCGUUUGGGAGAUGGAUCGGCCCGAGGCAGAAGCUAAGUACGGGGAGGCCAUCUACGAGCCCAAGUCCCAGCGCCCUGACAAGCUACGGCUUGCUCAUCUGCCGGGAGCUGCUUUGCUGGAGAUCCCGAAUAACUGGACACUCUGUGCUACGACGACGGACUGCGGAAAGAUCGAGUUUUUGCAGAAGGAGGUCGAAGCUGGCUCAAAGAAGAAGCCGGACACCAUGAUUAUGGCCAAGAAGAAGCAGGUCAUUGUGAAGUUCGGUGUGCAGAACCCUGAUGCAGCCGCGGCUGAUAUGAAGGGCGAUGCACCUAGCGAGGAGGUGGCGAAGGCCCUCGCCGACAACUCCGUCCGUGUGACUGUUGUGGGCGUGGACGUGCCUGAUGCCACCAAGGAGGCAGCCCAAACUUCCACAGCUGCUGCGGCCCCAGCAGAGACCGAGAACGCAGAGGCUGGUGACAUGGUCGUGGAUCCAUGGUCUGUGAAGGGCAAGAUCGACUACGAGAAGCUGGUGCGGGACUUCGGCUCCACCAAGAUCUCCCCGGAGCUGCUAGAGAGGAUCCGCAAGUUGACAGUGGGGUCAGGACGCGUUUCCGAUCUGCAUUGCUGGCUGCGGAGGAAUAUAUUCUUUUCCCACCGCGAGCUUGACGCAAUUUGUGCCCUGCAGGAGAAAGGCAUGCCUUUCUACCUCUACACCGGCAGAGGGCCCAGCUCUGCGGCGAUGCAUCUCGGGCACUUGCUGCCUUUCAUGUUCACUCAGUGGCUUCAGAAGGCGUUCAACGUACCGCUGGUCAUCCAGAUGACCGACGAUGAGAAGUUUUUGUGGAAGGGCGAGUACGAUCCGGACAAGGGAGACAAUCUGGACCUUUACCGGCGAUACACCGUCGAAAACGCCAAAGACAUCAUUGCUUGCGGUUUUGACAAGAGCAAGACCUUCAUCUUCUCCGACUGCGACUACGUUGGACACAUGUACCCCAACAUCGUACGGACUUGGAAAGCGAUUACUUACAACACAGCCAAGUCCGCAUUCGGCUUCCAGGGAGACUCGAACAUUGGACAGUCUGCCUUCCCGGCCGUUCAGGCGGUGCCUUCCUUCUCCUCGUCCUUCAAAGUGCCUCUCGGGGACAACGAGCGCUUGCCGUGCUUGAUCCCUUGCGCCAUCGAUCAGGAUCCAUACUUUCGGGUUACUCGAGACAUUGCCCACAAGCUAGUCCCGAAGGACCAUCCCCUCAAAGGAAAGCCGUCCCUGAUUCAUUGCAAGUUCUUCCCGCCUUUGACCGGUGCAGAUGGCAAAAUGGCUGCAUCUGACACGAACACAGCAAUCUUCUUGACAGACACUCCGGAUGAGAUUGAGAAGAAGAUCAAGCAGUACGCUUUCUCAGGUGGCCGGCAAACGGCCAAAGAGCAAAAAGAAAAAGGAGCCGAUCUAGAUGUGGACGUGUCCUACCAGUGGCUCAGAUUCUUCCUGGAUGACGAUGCCGAGCUCCGGAAGAUAGAGGAGCAGUAUGGCUCAGGCCAAGGAGAAGACUACUGGAACACCGGGCAGGUCAAGAACAAGUUGAUAGAGGUCUUGAAGGUACUGGUGAAGCGACAUCAGGAGAUCCGAUCGAAAAUUACGGACGAGGAGGUGGCAGAGUGGAUGGCGGUGCGGAAGCUGGACUUCUGA